AUGAAACUAGCAUUCGUUCUCCUCCUGGCCAGCACUGCGUUCGCAGCUCUUCUCGCCCCAGAAGGACCCAAAGAUCUGAAGCCCCGUCAGUGGUCACAGACAGGCGUAUUGCCUUCGUAUCAGAAUAGCACAAAUAUUCCGACAAGUCCGGGAUUUCCAACUGCUACUGCAGCUCCCCCAAAUCCAACAUCUCCGAGAACACCUGUUAGUGUCUUCAUCGCUGACAUGAUAAGGGAAUUUCCGGCUCACAGCUUGACAGUUGUCCCGACCAAUGUCACCAGUGGUUCCUCUGUCUAUAGCACGUCUGUUACCCAGACCAGCAUCAUCACUGUUACUACCGUAUCCACCUGUUCGAAGGGCUGUCCAAAUCCAACGCCGCCUCCUACUUCGACUUCUACUGAGAUUCCCACGACCAUGACAAGCACUUAUACCAUCACCACCUGUCCCGUUUCCUUUAGCACUGUAACUAGUGGUUCCGUCACCUAUACCCAGCCCAUAACUCAAACAAGUACUCUUACGGUUACGACUGUAGUAACCUGUUCCGGCGGUUGUCCACAGCCAACGACGCCUUCGAGCAGUCCUGUACCAGGUCCCACUUCCAGGACCAUCACGAUGACUUAUAACACCACUUAUCCUGUAACGGAUACUACUGCUACAAGCGGCAGCAUAACAUACACGAAACGCAUUACCCAGACCAGUACGGUGACGAUGACCGCAGUGUUGACCUGUAACACGGAGUGUCCAAAUCCAACAGCACCACCGACCACAGUUACCGUCACUCAUACUAUGACAACCUGCCCAGCUAGCUGCUCGACAAUGACCAACGGUUCCUACACUUACGUGCAGCUCGUCACUCAGUCCUGCACCAUCACUACGGCUGUUGUGACGACCUGUGUUAGAUGUCAGCCUACCACACUGCCGAGUUCUGAUAUCAGUUCUUCGAGUUCUUCUAGUUCUUCCUGUUGUUCCAGGUCUUCUACUUCUUCUACUUCUUCUCCUUCUUCUUCUUCUCCUUCUUAUCCUGUUUUCGUUCCAAGUUCUAUUCCUGCUUCUGCUCCAUCUGCAAGCGUCAGCACAAUCUAUACGACCGUCACCACAAUUACCUGGCCAGUUGUGACCUUCAGAGGCACGGACGGACAAUUACAGACCAGCACAGGAACGAACACUGUCGUCAGGGUAUCAUAUUACACCUCAUUGAUUAGCGAGGCACCGCCAGCUGCAACUGUGGCUGGACCAGCAUCUGAAUCGAUAUCACCCCCAUCAGGACCUGUAUCUGCUACAGCAUCAUCUCAAGCUCAGAAACCCUCUCCUGCGACUGCUGUCACACCACCAGAGACCGCAACUCAGUCCCCUCCAGCAGCGCCUGCGCCUCCUACAAUGACUCCAUCUGCGUCUACUACAAUAUCGCCCUCGACAGAAACUGCGCCUUUCUCGAAUCCGCAAUCCCAACUUAUCUCGCCUCCAGCUUCUAUCUCUGUACCUGAGACUGAAAGUCAGUCCCCGUCUCCAGCAGCAACUGCAUCCACUCCAGAACCUCAACCCCAACCACUACCACCGCCGCCUGCUGUCUCUAUGCCUGCGACGAUAACUACGUCGUCUCAGCAGCUAUCGUUCCCAGCAGCAACUGCACCUGUCUCGAAUACUCCAUCCCAACCUUUCGCUUCUCCGGCUUCUGUCUCUGUACCUGACUUCAACUCAACUGCCUCCUUCGUCGCCUUCCUCGGCAGCACCUCAACAUAG